AUGAUUGAUAAGAAAAGAACAAUACGAGUGGAAGAUGAUGAAGAUGAAGAUGAUGUACCGUUGAAUAAGAAAACAAAGUUGGAGUCAAAAGAGAAUACCCCAACUGUGAAAGAAGAGGAUGAGGAGGAGCCUCCGAAAAAUAAAGCAGAGAAAGUGAAGGAGACAAAAGAGGAGGCAGAGAAGGAUAACGAUAACGAUAACAAUAACAAUAACGACAACGAUGGUGGGGAUAAUGGCGGCGAAGAAGAAGGAGAAGAAGAAGAAGAAGACGAUGAUGAUGAUGAUGAAGACGAUGCGGAUGAUGAAGCAGAAGAAGAACGGAAACGAAUAACCAACUUCAACUUUGAUGGAGAAAUAUACACCUUUAAAGAACGACCUUCGGUAAUUGAGGAAAAAGAAGGCAAAAUUGAGUUCAGAGUGGUAAACAACGACAACACAAAGGAUAGUCUUAUUGUCUUGACUGGCCUCAAGAACAUUUUCCAAAAGCAGUUGCCAAAAAUGCCGCGUGAGUAUAUAUCUCGAUUGGUUUAUGAUCGUUCACAUCUAUCGAUGGCUGUUGUCCGGAAGCCAUUGACUGUGGUUGGUGGUAUAACCUAUAGGCCCUUCAAUAAUAGAGAGUUUGCAGAGAUUGUAUUUUGUGCCAUCUCAUCAACCGAGCAAGUACGUGGAUACGGUGCCCAUUUGAUGAAUCACUUGAAGGACUAUGUUAGAGCGACGUCUCCCAUCAAAUAUUUUUUAACUUAUGCAGACAACUAUGCUAUCGGCUACUUCAAAAAGCAAGGGUUCACGAAAGAGAUAACACUUGACAAAUCAGUGUGGAUGGGAUAUAUAAAGGAUUACGAAGGUGGCACGUUGAUGCAAUGCUCAAUGCUUCCGUCUAUUCUUCGAUACCUUGACCUGGGAAAGAUCCUUCUUCUACAGAAGGCCGCAAUUGAGAGAAAAAUUCGACUGCGGUCGAAAUCCAACGUUGUUAGACCAGGGCUUCAGAUAUUCAAAACCAACAGAAAUGUGACUCUAGACUAUAAAGAUAUUCCUGGAUUGACUGAAGCGGGGUGGCUGGAGGAGAUGGAUAAAUUGGCUCAGAAACCAAAACGAGGUCCUCAUUAUAAUUUCAUGGUUACACUAUUUUCAGAGAUCCAGAAUCAUCCUUCCGCGUGGCCCUUUGCGGUACCCGUCAACAAAGAUGAAGUACCAGAUUACUACGAUGUUAUCAAAGAGCCAAUGGAUUUGUCCACAAUGGAGCUGAAGUUGGAAAACGACAAGUACGAAUCGUUUGAACAGUUUUUGUAUGAUGCGAGGUUGAUUUUCAAGAACUGUCGGUCUUAUAAUAGCGAGUCCACAACGUAUUUCAAGAAUGCCAACAAAUUGGAAAAGUUUAUGAAUAACAAGAUAAAGGAUAGCGCCGAGUAUUCCCAUUUUUUAGAGUGA